CCUGUACUCUCAUUGCAGCGUGUCAGAGGAGAGAAGGCGAUGGGAUUCAUUUUGCAAUGUGGGAAUUUAUUAUUUGGCCUUACAUUCAUGCAUAGUUGCUUUUGAUCAAGCAUGUAUGGAAUAUAAUACGUGAGAGGAUGGAUACAUGAUUGUUUCCGUACAAACCAUUUACUGGAAUAAAUAUGGUAUAACGGACCAAGGAUGACAAAGAGAAAUGCAUAUCGAGACUGGAGAUGGCUGGUGCUUUGGUGGCACCAUUUUUUUAUCAUGUGGAAUACAAUAGAUGGACAGACUCGGUACAGCAUCCAAGAGGAGUUAAAAAUGGGAUCUGUGGUUGGAAAUCUCGCUAAAGAUUUAGGGUUGUCCUUAACUGAAAUUUCUGACCGUAAACUAAGCGUCGCAUCUGAGGCUGGUAAGCAGUAUUUUACCGUGGAUGCGGGGAAGGGAGAGCUGGUUGUGAAUGACAGAAUAGAUAGAGAGGCUCUUUGUGGACAAAGCGCCAGCUGUGUGUUGCCUCUGCAGGUCUUUAUCGAAGAUCCGUUGCAGCUUUUUCGUGUGGAAGUUGAAAUUCAAGAUAUUAAUGAUAAUUCCCCCAGAUUCCCGUCAAAGGAUAUUACUCUAGAUAUUGCAGAAUCUACUGCGAUUGGGGUUCAGUUUCCAUUAGAAAGUGCAAUAGAUCCCGAUGUCGGUAGUAAUUCUCUGAGGUCAUAUAAAUUGAGUAAACAUGAAUGUUUCAGUAUAAGAGUAAAAGAUGUUGCUGGUGGAAGGAAGGUUCCUGAAUUAUUCCUAACAAAAAUGUUAGACAGAGAGAAAAAUAUUGCACAUACGCUUCUGUUAACAGCUCUAGACGGAGGUAACCCAGUGAGAUCAGGGACGGCAGAGAUAACUAUUACAGUUCUAGAUAUAAAUGAUAAUAUCCCAGCGUUCGAGAAAUCUUUAUAUAAAGUAUCAAUUCCAGAAAAUGCUCCCGAGGGUGAAUUGAUUAUACAAACAAAAGCAGCAGAUAUAGAUGAGGGUCAAAACGGAGAGAUUGAAUAUUCAUUCGGAUCGCACACCCCCGAUUCUGUUCUUUCCAUUUUUACCAUUGAUUCUGCUUCAGGAACAAUCAUUCUGAAGGGAAACUUAGAUUAUGAAACAACUACAAAAUAUGAAUUGGAUGUAACUGCGAAAGAUAGGGGCACUCCGAGAAUGGAGGGACAUUGUAUGGUAAAUGUUGAAGUUUUAGAUGUUAAUGACAAUGCGCCAGAAAUAAUUCUCACGUCUCGACCAAAACCUGUGAGUGAAAACUCGCCUAACGGUACCGUUGUUGCUCUAAUCAGCGCCAGGGACUUGGAUUCCGGGGAUAACGGAAAAGUAAAAUUACACAUUCCAGAGAAAAGUAACUUUGCGCUGAGGCCCUCGUUUUCACAAAACUACGCGCUAGUUACAAACAGUGUUUUGGAUCGCGAAAAAGUCCCCGAAUAUAACAUUGAAAUAGCAGCCAUUGAUUCUGGCUCCCCUCCGCUGUCAAGUAAGAAAACUAUUCAUGUUAGCAUAACUGAUGUAAAUGACAACCCUCCUAUUUUUACUCAGUCUUCCUAUAAUGUAUAUUUAAAAGAGAAUAAAAUUCCAGGAUCUAUACUUUACUCGGUAUCAGCGUCUGAUCGGGAUUCUGGGGAAAACGCAAAGAUUUCUUACUCUAUACUUGACUCCAAAGUGCUGGGUGUUUCUGUCUCCUCUUACGUUUACAUAAACUCGGAUAACGGGAGCAUCUACAGCAUGCAGUCAUUUGAUUAUGAGAAGCUGAAGGUGUUUCAGAUUCAGGUUCAGGCAAAGGACCAUGGUUCCCCUCCUCUGAGCAGCAACACCACUGUCCAUGUUUUUAUCCUGGACCAGAACGAUAAUGCUCCCGCUGUUAUUUACCCCUCCUCUGCUGCCCUGGGUUCUCUCUCUCAUCAAAGGAUGCCCCGCUCUGCUAAAGCUGGUCACCUGGUUACUAAGGUGACGGCCGUGGACGCUGACUCCGGCCAUAAUGCCUGGAUCUCCUACAGACUGGCGGAGGCCACAGACGCCUCUCUGUUCACCGUCAAUCAGUACACAGGGGAGGUGAGGACUAAACGCGCUGUAACCGAGCAGGAUGACUCCUCUCAGAGGCUGCUGAUAGAGAUCAAGGAUGAUGGGGAACCGGUUCAGUCCGCCACCGCUACGGUGUCCAUCCUGCUGGAGGACGGUCUCCAUGAACCCAUCUUAGACCUCAGACACAAAGUUUCUGAGCCCAGCAAGAAAACUGGCAGAAUUACCCUUUAUUUGAUUCUGUCUCUGGCCUCAGUGUCCGUGCUGUCUCUGGUGACGUUUCUCAUCUUAGCGGUGAAAUGCAUCAGGAGCAGCAGUAGCAGCGGGAGCUGCUGCAUGAGACGAAGCGACUGUGAUGAUUACAAGAACCCCAACAGAAACCUGCAGAUUCAGCUCAACACUGAUGGACCCAUAAAGUACGUGGAGGUCCUGGGAGGAGACAUGAUGUCUCAGAGUCAGUCCUUCAGGUCCUGCAUGUCUCCAAUGUCAGAGUACAGUGAUUUUACUCUGAUCAAACCCAGCAGCACCACAGACUUUAAAGAAACCCUCAGUGUUCUGGAUGCGUCUUUACCUGACAGCACCUGGACCUUUGAGAGCCAGCAGGUGAGGCAAAACUACUGUAUUUUUCCAUGAGUUGAAUGAUUGUGC